AGAAGAAGCACAAAGCAAAUCUUGUGGUACCCAAAGCAGUCAGCCUGAGCUUUGAAUGAACUGCCUCUUAUAUAUGUAGCACCUGACCCAUUUGUCUUGUGUAUUGACCACCAGUGGACCUCUACUGUUGCUUAUGUUGGUGUAGUGUUGCCAAGCUCGUCCACCAGCAUGUCAGUUUCGGUUAUUAUCAAGUGGGGAGGGCAGGAGUACUCCAUUAAUACGCUGUCCGAGGAGGACACUGUGCUGGAUCUGAAACAGUCCAUUAAAUCACUCACGGGAGUCCUGCCAGAAAGACAAAAGCUCCUGGGGUUGAAACUGAAAGGUAAACCAGCAGAUGAUGAUGUCAAACUGGGUGACUUGAAGUUGAAGCCCAAUACUAAAAUUAUGAUGAUGGGCACCAGAGAGGAAAGUCUGGAAGAUGUGUUGGCGCCUCCACCAGAAAAUGAUGAUGUUGUCAAUGACUUUGACAUUGAAGAGGAAGUGACUGAGGUUGAAAACAGGGAGGAGAAUUUGGCCAAAAUAGCUCGCCGGGUGAAAGAUUAUAAAGUUGAGGAGUUAAAUCCCCCAAGGCCAGGAAAAAGAUUGCUUGUUCUAGAUAUUGACUACACGCUCUUUGAUCAUAAGUCAUGUGCAGAGACGGGCCAGGAGCUGAUGAGACCAUUCUUGCACGAGUUUCUUACAUCGGCAUAUGAGGACUUUGAUAUUGUCAUCUGGUCUGCAACAAGUAUGAAGUGGAUUGAUGCUAAAAUGAAAGAAUUGGGGGUGACGGACAACCCAAACUACAAGAUCACCUUCAUGUUGGACAGUGCAGCUAUGAUCACUGUACACACACCUAAAAGAGGAGUCGUAGAGGUGAAGCCUUUGGGAGUAAUAUGGGGUAAAUAUAGUGAAUUCUACAACAGAAAGAACACAAUCAUGUUUGAUGACAUCGGAAGAAACUUCCUCAUGAAUCCACAGAAUGGACUGAAGAUCAGACCUUUCAUGAAGGCACAUUUAAACCGCGAGAAGGACAAAGAGCUCUACAAACUGUCUCAGUAUCUGAAGGAAAUUGCUAAACUUGAUGACUUCUCAGGUCUCAACCACAAGCACUGGGAAAGGUACCUCUCAAAGAAGCAGAAUCAAUGACAUCUUCAGCACUGAAGAGAAGUUGCGUCUCAAAAAAAAAAAAAGUUUGGAAACUCUUGUUCGCAGAUCAGCUUCUCUUUGUUUUGCAUCCAUCAUCCUACGCGUCUUUAUAGUGGGUCGUUACUGGAGGACGAAAAAAGUUCUAGCACUCGUACUCCUCAAAAACAGUGUUUACCUCAACAGGUCAGUAAAAAAGCAUUCAGGCAAGCAUGACGAUCCUCUUACCUCACUUCCUGCCUGACCACACUUCUUCCUAUAAGUAAACUGGUAAUAUGGAAUAUUUCUUGUUCAUAUCUAAUUGGAAUAGUAGUGCAUAUGAUGUCGUUUUUGUUUCCCCAAAUUUUCAGCUUGACGUUUAAAGCUCUUUAGUGCAAUGGUAUCAAACUCGAUUCCUGAAGGGCCGCAGCUCUGCAUGGUUUAGCUCCAGCCACCUCCAACUCACACUUGCUUAAUAGCCUACAUGUAUUGUAAUCUAGAACACCUUGAUUAGUUGGAUCAGCUGUGUUUGAUUAGGGUUGGAACUAAACCGUGCAGAGCUGGGACUCUCUAUGAAUCCAGUUUGAGACCUGUGCUUUAGUGUCUGUGUUUAUGGAAGCUUGGUUCUGCUAUGGAAUACAAAAAAAAAUGUCUAAUUUUUGUCUAAUUGUUUUAUCACAUGGCAGAAAAAAGCUUCCAUACUUAAUGAUCAAUUAAUAAAGAGCUUUGAAUGGUACAAGAUGGUAAACCAGUCUUUUUUUUUUCUCAAAAGGAGCAAUAAAUCUCCAAUAUCAGCAUAAUUCUUUGUUUUGGAUGUCUUCGAAUUCCAAAGAGAUGUUAUUUCAAACCGCACAAAAAAACAAAACGAGGUUUAUAAGUGAACACGCUUUUUCAGCUUCGUUGCAAAUCUCCAAAACGAACAAUAAAGGACAGGAGUCAUGUUUACAUGCAUGUUUUGUUUUAACACUAACAUAAUAUGCUAACUGGAUAGUGUGAUGUAAGUUUGUAUGUUCACUUAAAUGGUCUUACUUGACUUACAUGAGAUAAACUAUCAAAGUAGACUGACCAAUUUAUUUGUAUUUUUUAUUUUUUGAUCUGUCUAGUCAUAGCAUUGAAGCUUGUCGAUAUUUCCACCCUCCAGUUUGUGUUUUUUGUCAUUAACUCGGUAGAUAUUAUUGUAACAGUAUUGCAUUUUGUGUAACUGCAUUGCAGCCAGCGCUCAAAUGUGGACGUUGGGUUUACUGAUGGAACCUUAAAAAUGGACAUUUAAAUUAAAUGGUUUUACAGUA